AUGUCUUCGGCCGUAGACUCUUCAGCCUUCCUGGCGUUGACUGAGUUGAAGCACUUUAUCUCAUGUUCUUUCCAUCGUCCGUUUUCUCUCACUCUUCCCCUCCCCUUUGUUUAUCUCUUUCCCUCUUUCUCUCUCUCUCUCUCUCUCUUUCUCUCUCGCGAAUUCCUACCUUCUCUCAUAUUACUUACAUUGCACGCUUUCUCCUAUUCUCUUAUGCACUUUACUUUAUUCAUGCUCUCUCUCUCCCUCUCUCUCUCUCUCUCUCUCUCUGUGUCUCUCUCUCUUUCGAGUUUCUCCGAUCUCUCUCUCUCUCUUGAUUACAUACAUUUGGCCCGCAGUCGCUCUCUUUCUGAUACUCCUUUCAUAUUCUUUUUUUCUUUCUUCCCCUUCUCUUCUCUUUUAUCUUUCUUUCUCUCUUUCUUACACGUUUCCCUUAUAUCUCUGACUAUUAUACUCUCUCUAUUAUACCCGCUCUCUCUUUUUUACCUCUUUCUCUUUCGCACUCUCCCUUUUCCCUUCCCCCUCUCUCUCUCUCUCUCUCUCUCUCGCUGUUCUCUCUAUCUCAUUUUUCUUUCACUCCUUCUUCCCGUCUAUCUUCAAAGACCCAAACACACAAAACACUCCAUAAACCAACGCACUGGAUUUAGCCUAACCGUUAUCACUACGGCCCAUCAAACAGAGGUUUCUCUUAAAUAUCCGACAGUCAUUUUAACUGAUAAGUUUAAAAGCGACAUUUAUGUAGCAGUUUUGCGUGUCGCAGACGAUAAUUUUGUUGGUUGGGAAUUAAACAUUUCUAAUUUUUUUCCUUCAAUCCUUUUUCUUCUCUCUCUCUCUCUCUCUCUCUCUCUCUCUCUCUCUCUCUCUCUCUCUCCAUCCUGA